AGUGAGAGAGAGAGAGAGAGAGAAAGAGAGAGAGAGAGAGGGGGGGGUGUAGGAGGAGACUUGACUUCCUUCUGAGAGGGAGAGUACAGCGCUUCCAAAACAGCUGUCCAGCAGACGUCCCAGUCGACAGACAGAAGUGCAGCCCGGAGGCAAAGACAGGAGAGGAGCAGUGUCAACAAGCCACAGGAGCAGCACAGCAGCCGCCGAACACAUGCACACACACACACACACACACACGCGAACCUGCAGCUGCAGCGUCCAGGGAGCACUAGCCACACCUGAAGGAUCACAACCUCCCCACUGGAACACAUGAGAAGCACAAGACCAUCUGACCUUUCCACACUGCAACAACCUCUCCUGCUUGGAAUACCGCUUCCUGAUCAAUGCCAUAAUCGCUUACUUGCUUCCUGUUCGACUGAGAAUGUAACUGGAGCCUCCUCCCUGGGGAACCGUGACAUCCAAAACUGAUUUACAACACUUCUAUCCUACAGUAUAUCAGAGCUCUCAUCUGCCACCAUGCCAGCCAAAGCGCCCAUAUACCUGAAACCCACCAAUAACAAGAAGGGCAAGAAGUGCCGCCUCAGGGAUAUAUUGUCCCCAGACAUGAUCAGCCCGCCGCUCGGAGACUUUCGGCACACCAUCCACAUUGGCAGAGGUGGGGAGGGAGACGCCUUCGGAGACAUGUCGUUUCUCCAGGGGAAGUACGAGCUUCUACCAGGGAAGGGGGACAACCGCCCUCAGUACGGCAUCCAAAGUGAAUUCCUGCGAGCAAACAGCACGGGUGACGCUUCCCUCGUGGAGACGCCCUCGCCCGUCCUCAAGAACGCCAUCUCCCUGCCAACCAUCGGUGGCUGCCAGGCGCUCACCCUGCCUCUGAUCUCCUCCACUGUGUUCUCAAUGCCCUCAGAGCCGCUGGAAGACCUCAAGAAGACCGACGACGCCGAUGAGGUGGAGAUCCUGCAGAUGGACGCUCUGCUGCGCUCCAUGGAGGUCUUCUGCAGCGAGCCUUCGUCGCCUUUCAAGGACGUCCAGACGAAGCCCGACGUGCUCCUGGAUCUGCUCCAGAACACCAGCAAGUCCGCCUCCAAGGCCGUCGCCAAGGCCAACAAAAUCAACAAGGGCGAGAGCAGGUUUGAGAAGCCGCUGCCCUUUUACAUCGAUGGCCGCAGCAGCAGCAGCGUUUACAAAGCCAACGGAAGCCUGAACAGCAACACGAGCAGCGGCAGCUUCGACAGCUUUACUGGUAAAGGGGACUUCCAGAGCAAAACGUGCAACGGGAGUGGGAGUCUCCACGGCAACAGCCUCUACAGUGGAUACGGACACUUUGACAGUGACAUUGCCCUGGGCUUCAAGCAAGACUUCCCCAAGUGCAACGGCGAGUGGGUGGACAGAGACAGUGGGGUGGAGGAGGGGCGCAUCUGCGAUUUCGAGUUCGAGUUCUCCAAGGAGAAGAGCACGUCGCAGGAUUCCCUCGCUCAGAUCACGGGCUCGUUCCUCUCCCUCGAACUCGACCUGGGCCCAUCCAUCCUGGACGAGGUGCUCAACAUAAUGGACAAACCCGCAGCGAAGAGCAGGCCUUGAGCUGCGGCCGCGUCCCGGGAGACGAAAGGGAGCCGUUGAACUCCAGCCAUGAGGAGGGAAGGACUCGUGAAGCAAUCAGAGAUGGUGUCUGGAUAUAUCAUUAAGAUGAAAAUGAGCUGCUUAUGUUUUUAAUGUCAAAACAUAUAAUUAUUCUAGCUUCUAUGGAGUGAUCAUCCUGGUUUUGUUUUACUGACGUUUGCCCAGUCACCCGCAUGCUCAAGGUGCAUGUGCUAUUGCUUUGCAGCUGAGACACAGUCUUUGCCUUUGAGUUUCAUUUCUGUAAAAAACGCGUUGACGUCUGCAAUAUGCACAAUGAUCAGUGGUCAUUUGCUUUUUACACACUUGAGGCACAGACUCUUUAGAAACACGUAGCAUUUUGUGACUGUGUCUAACGAAGCCAUAUUUUGUUUGUCACACAAUUCAUCUUCCACCUGACCAACACUAUGCAUAUUUGUGUUUUUAAACUUGUAACACAAAUAAAUAGAUUUUGACCUAU